AUGGCAAUAUUUUAUUGUAUGUUUGCUUGGAACCAAGAACAAAAAAUGGCCUUUAUAUUAGUCGCACAGAAACGAGGAUCAUACAAAGAAUUUAUAACAGAAGCAACAACUGUUAAUAAUCUAGUUGUUAACCAUUAUGACUUACCACUUGUAAAAGAUGAGUUGUCGGUAACAUUAAAAAUGUAUCUCACGAGUCAUGCUAACAAUUGGACUGUUAUUUUUCAUAAAGGUAGAACAGAUGACACUGAACGUACACCUUCACUCAUGCUGACACAAGAUGUAUCAGGCCUGCAUCCACGUUACUCAAUGACUGGUAGCGGGAAUGUGGGAAUUCUUAGCGUUUCUGAAAUUUUACUUAACCGAUGGUAUCAUGUUGCAUAUACACUUUCAGAUCCUGAAAAACGAAUGGAUGUAUAUAUAGAUGGUAAAUGGGCUGGAUUUUCAUGUAUCUCGAUAGUUCAGAGUCAAUCUUUCAUAUUCAAUGAUGCACCAUUAUUUAUUGGAAAAGAUAACCUCUACAAUGGAUUUAGUGGACAAAUUAGUAAUUUUCGUUAUUAUAACUAUUCUCUAUCUCAUGACGAAGUAGGAAUGGAUUAUUUGGGACAAGAUCCGACAACAACCGGUUCAACUGUAGGAUCAUUUUUCUGUGGUGUCAUAUUUUUAGCAGGAAGUUUAUUCAUCAAUAGAAUUAUAAAACGAAAACAAAAUGUCUCAUUUGAUAAAAAUGGGCCUGAUAAUCAA